GUGACAUCCAUUCGUUCGUUCAGGCUUUCAUGUGAACGCACCGUAGAUAAAUAGAUAGCCUUCCUUAUUGUGUCGUGUACGUAUGAUAUGCAAUGCAAACAAGCAAACAAGUGAGUGAAGAGUACGGAUGGCAUGGACGUCCGCAGGUGUCGUGUCAUCCGUCAGGUCAGGUCAGCCCAUGAAGUCUUGGUCGGCACCCCUCAUCUGGCGGCUAGCCGUGGGCCCUCCAAGCAGCUGCAGAGUCACACACACACACACACCAAGCAGCAACAAACAGGGCAAUGCCGCACAGGCAGACAUAGAGGUGCACACCGUGUGUAAGCUGGCUGGCUGGCUGGCGCAUUCGUGUCACUCAUAGUCCCUCCCUGUACCCUGUGUGUGUGCAUAUGUGUGUGCGAGCGUGUGUGUGUGUUUACAGGUGCGUGUUUCCACAUACUUCUGGGGUCGUGUCCGGCAGCGGCAGCCAUCAUCUCAGCCUUGGUGGCGUGGAACAGCUCCACAUAACGGUGACCCAUCGUAGCCUACGCAAAAUCACACCCACACGACAGAUAACCAUCCAUCCGUCCAUCCAUCCAUUCAGGCAGGUAGAGCCGUGCGGCAACGGCACGGCCAUACCCUGUUUCUGGCGAUGUAGGCGCGCUGUGCCUCAUCGGGCGAAGCGAACUCAACAUACGCCUGCCCCAACCAACGCGCGCACACACACAGAGAGACAGAGACACAGGGUGUGUGGGUGCUGUGCUGUGCUGUUUUGAUUGAUGAGGCGGCCCGGCCUGCCAUGUCUGUCUGUCUGUCUGACCUCGCCGGAAGGUCGUCCGUUGAUGGGUGCGGUCGAGGGCAGCACAGCCAACAUCUGGAAACCCGCAAAGAAUUGCUGCACACAACACCACACACAUAACACACAGACCAUUUGUUUUGCGUAUGGCUGAUCAGCCCUCGUCUCUCUCUCUCUCUCUCUCUGUCUGUAUGUGUGUGUGUGCGCGUGUGUAUGUCUCAAAUGCCUACCACGAUGUCGGUCUCGGUGGCCGAGUAAGGCAGUCCGCGCAUCCUGAUGACGCUCUCGCCCGGGAAGGGACUCGACUGGUAACCACCCCCCCCACCAUACUGACACACACACAGCGCACAGCAUAACAACCACAACGACACCCGUUGAGCAAGGGAGGAGGAGUGACAUUGCGCGCACACAUGCAGUGCAUGCCCCAUGUAACGUGGUGUGUGUGUGUGUGUGAGUGGGAAGGAGCACGAGCGAGAGCGAGUAUGUGUGUCUCUCGUCUCAUCUCGUGUCCGUUCUUUCGUUCGUCCGUCUACCUCCCACCUCCCCUGGCCCGUAUUAAUGAAUGCCCGCCAAAAUCCCCAAGACGAAUCGAAUAGUGGUCCCGCCCGCCCGCUUAGCUCCCACCAACACAUGCACUUGCUUGCCCGCCCGCCCGCCCGCCAUUGUGCUUACUCCCGCCCUCUAACCAGUGAGGCAGACAGGAGGGGACCAUGCCGCAGAGAGAGACGCUCGAACCAAAGGCAGCCAGCCUCCACACAGGGACAAGACAUGACGUCGGGCCGGUCGCUGAGCUUGGUGAGUCGCAGUCGCAGUCGCCGUCAAGAGCC